GCCCUUCACCUACCAACUCCAUUUCCCAAGUCCUCUGUUUCUCUUCUCCCACCCACAGCCUAGCAGCAGGCAAUCACCAAAUCAGCUUUUUUUUUUCAACUUAUUAGACUUAGCCGACGCCGUCACAUUUUAUUAGUCCUCUUCCAUUGUACCUACUCUCCGGACCCCCUUUUCUCAGCCUCCCACCAUCCUUAUUCCGAUGGCUUCUUCUUUCUGCACCAAAAGCGCUCUUUCUUUCUCAACCAAACACGAAAACAUUUCUACUUCUUUCCUGAUACGUGACUUCCGCGUGCGGUUCCCAAAGUCCCGCUCUUUUUCUUCCCCUGCUCGCCUGGAGUUAAAUGCAACCAAAUUGAGGGUGUCUGCCAGUUCAGCCACUCCGGUGAUGGAUCAGCCUCCGAGUGAAACCACUUCUACAGCUCCCACAAUCGUUGAAGUUGAUUUGGGCAAUCGGAGCUACCCGAUUUAUAUUGGGUCCGGACUUCUUAAUCAGCCUGACCUUCUCCAAAGGCACGUCCACGGCAAGAAAGUCUUGGUUGUAACGAAUACCACCAUCGCGCCAUUAUAUCUAGAUAAAACAAUUAGGGCAUUGACAGAUGGAAAUUCGAAUGUUACUGUUGAGAGUGUUAUUUUGCCGGAUGGUGAGAAGUACAAGAACAUGGAAACUCUUAUGAAAGUCUUUGAUAAAGCAAUUGAGACAAGAAUGGAUAGACGCUGUACAUUUGUUGCCCUUGGUGGAGGAGUCAUAGGUGACAUGUGUGGAUAUGCUGCUGCUGCUUACCUCCGUGGUGUGAAUUUCAUUCAGAUUCCUACCACGGUUAUGGCGCAGGUUGAUUCUUCUGUUGGUGGUAAAACUGGAAUAAACCAUCCACUUGGUAAAAAUAUGAUUGGUGCAUUUUACCAACCACAAUGUGUACUGAUAGACACCGACACACUAAACACAUUGCCAGAUAGAGAACUAGCAUCAGGGCUUGCAGAAGUCAUAAAGUAUGGGCUUAUAAGAGAUGCAGAUUUCUUUGAGUGGCAAGAGAAGAACUUACCAGCAUUACUGGCAAGGGAUCCUAGUGCUUUUGCUUAUGCUAUUAAGCGUUCUUGUGAGAACAAAGCUGAGGUAGUCUCUCAAGAUGAAAAGGAAAGUGGAUUGAGGGCAACCUUGAACUUGGGUCAUACAUUUGGUCAUGCUAUAGAGACUGGUUUUGGUUAUGGGCAGUGGCUGCAUGGAGAAGCUGUUGCUGCUGGCACGGUUAUGGCUGUUGAUAUGUCGUACCGCUUGGGCUGGAUUGAAGAUUCACUUGUAAAGCGAGUUCAUAGAAUCUUAAAACAGGCAAAGCUCCCCACUGCACCUCCAGAAACCAUGACGGUGGAGAUGUUCAAAUCUGUCAUGGCGGUUGAUAAGAAGGUGGCGGACGGGCUGCUGAGGCUCAUUCUUUUGAAAGGUCCUCUAGGUAGUUGUGUCUUUACUGGUGACUAUGAUAGAAAGGCCCUUGAUGAAACAUUACGUGCAUUUUGCAAGUCAUGAAAAAGCCGGCCAGUGCUGGCCUCAACCGCUGUUUUUAAGAUAUGUCAAUUGAUGUAGCAACACGUGUAUAUGCUACAAAAUUUUCCUGUAUUUUAGAUAGCUUUACCAUGCAAGACUUGGAUCUUAUCCUACCAAUUCAAGCUGUUGUAAAUUGUAGUUCGUCAAACCUCAUGAAUGCGAAUCAUUUGUUGGCAAUAA